AUGACAUCAAGAAUUCAUAGGCUCUGGUUUCCUGGUGAUGGAAGGCCUCGUGUUUUUUUGCCCGAUUUUUGGAUAAAACUUUUGGAACCUCAUAAGGUUGGGUAUAUGCGAUUACCAAAGAAUGCUGCAAUGUUUGAAGUGGAUCUGAGGAUGUCUCGAUUUGAUGUCCGAGAAUAUUUGGAAAAAAUUUACAAAUUUCCCGUACGUGAUGUUCGUUUAAGAAAUGUGGAAGGAAAAAUCACUUGGGAUCAUCCAUUAGAUAAACAAAAGAGAAGAGCAUUGUGGAAGGAUGAGGACAAGAAAAUAGCUUUUGUUUUCUUUAAGGAUUUUGUCGCAGAAUUCCCUACAUUAUUUACUGGUGAAGAAGAUGCGGAUGAAAAAAGAUUAGAACAAACUAGACGAGGAAAUGCAAACAAGAUGAACAUUGAUUUUAUUAAUAAGGAUCGAGCUGGAGUUGGCGUUUCAAAAACAAGUUUGGCUCAAUUCAAGGAACGCUUCAAAUCUCUUCACCAGAAAAGGGAGGAAUCCAGAAAAAUAAAUCAUGAACAAGUAGUUGAAGAAGAUAGACGUUCAAAAUUGCCGGCUAAUUUUGAAGCGAAAAGAAGAAGACAAGAAUGGGAAUUGGCAGAACUUGAAGCGAAAAAGAAAGCGGAGGAGAGAGGCGAAGAUUUCGAACGUUUAAAAGCUUUGGAUACACAAGCUGAUGUGGCAGAGAAGAUGGAAACGGCGAAAAGAAGGAAAAAUAAUCCGGACACGGGAUUUGCUAGUUACGAGGCAAUGUCUCUUCGUCAAUAUGAACGUCAAACAAAUUCAAUUAAACCGGACAUGGAGUCUUAUCAAAAAAUGAAAGAAGUUAUAGGAGAAGAACAAUUUUAUCCAUCAGCCAAUACACUCAUCCAAGGUUCUCAUUAUCCAACAGAUAAAGCAUUGGAUCGUCUUUCUGAAGAUGUUCACAAUCAAAUGAAAAAACGAGAUCAAUAUCACCGUAGACGUAUGUUUGAUCCAGAUGCACCUAUCGAUUUUAUUAAUGAACGUAAUCGUAAAUUUAAUCAUAAAUUGGAACGUUAUUAUGGAAAAUAUACUGCAAAUAUUAAAGAAGAUUUGGAACGUGGAACGGCUAUUUAA